AAUGAGUUGAGACAUCAUUCGUCAACUGGUCGUUUCCAAACUAACUGAACCCUAUUUAACUAUUCCCGAGUUCAUCAUGAAGGUAUUUGUCGCCAUCAUCGCGCUAACCCUUGCGGUUGCUUCUCAAGCUUCGUACAUCCCGGAAGCGGCAUAUCCAUCCUGGCCAGUAAGCACCUCUGUAUGGCCUCAAUAUGGAGUCUAUGGCAAAGGACUCCUUAAUGCCUGGCCACAAGCCAACGUGGCUGCCUGGAAUGACCAUUCCUACGUCAACUCAUGGUCCCCAGCAUGGGCCCCAUCCUAUGGCUAUGAUAAUGGAUUGUACGCACAUGGAACCAACGUUAUCAAGUCUUCAUAUCCAUGGGGAUUGCCCUGGGGAACCUAUGGUAAUGCUGCUGGAGUCUACGGAUGGGGACACACGGGUGGAUAUCUGUCAUCGGUUCCAGUGUCGAAGCAGAUUGCUGCCACUCCCGGUUCGGUCCAUGUCGCCUCAGUUCCAGUUGGUGGAGAGAAAUUGAUUGUCGCUUAAAACGGCGAAGGAUAAAAUAAAUACCAUUGUGGGUAGAAUG